AUGUCCUUUGCGGUGUUCAUCCUCACCUCUGCCCUGACAGUGUCCUGCCUGUCCGCUGACACAGACAAGGGAAGGAGGAAAGUGGUGCAUGUUCUGGAGGAUGACACCGGAGCUGUGAUUGUGCAGACAGCUCCCGGUAAGGUGGUGACACAUCGCGGUGGCUCCAUCACUCUGCCCUGCAGAUUCCAUCAUGAGCCCGAGAACACUGAUCCCGCUCGCAUUCGGAUUAAAUGGACCAAAGUGACAGAUGCGCUGCAGUUUGAGGACGUCUUUGUGGCACUCGGAAGGCAGCAGCGGGUGUUUGGAUCAUACCGAGGCCGAGUGUUUUUGGAGCAGGCAGGACCUGGUGACGCUUCAGUCAUCAUCCAAAAUGUCACGCUGGAGGACUACGGACGCUACGAGUGUGAGGUCACUAAUGACAUGGAGGACGAUACAGGAUUUGUCAACCUUGACUUAGAAGGAGUGGUCUUUCCCUAUUACCCCCGUGAUGGGCGCUACAAGCUCAACUACCACCAGGCUGAGGAUGUGUGCAAGCAGCAGGACGCCAUCCUGGCUUCUCAUUCUCAACUGCACAAGGCCUGGCUGGAAGGACUGGACUGGUGUAAUGCUGGAUGGCUGGAGGACGGCUCAGUCCAGUACCCUAUCUCUCAUCCCAGAGAUCAGUGCGGCCGCAAGGACACCCCGGCUGGUGUCCGUAACUAUGGCUACAGGCACAAGGAGGAUGAGCGCUAUGAUGCUUUCUGCUUCACUUCCAAGCUCAAUGGCAAAGUGUACUUCCUCAAACGCUUUAAGAAGGUGAACUAUGCGGAGGCGAUGAAGGCAUGCAUUCGAGAUGGUUCGGUGGUGGCCAAAGUGGGUCAGCUGUACGCAGCGUGGAAGUUUCAGCUUCUGGACCGCUGUGAAGCCGGCUGGCUGGAGGACGGCAGCAUCCGGUACCCCAUAGUCAACCCCCGUUCUCGCUGUGGAGGAUCCCAGCCAGGAGUCCGACACCUGGGCUUCCCUGAUAAAAAAUUCCGCCUCUAUGGGGUCUACUGCUUCCGCGAGAACAAGGACGAAACCGCAGGUGGUACUGGAAUGACAAAAAGCCCUGCAGAUAGUCUGUCAAGGAGGAAGAGCAGCAACAGCAUCCCCAUGAAUGCCACAAGGGUGAUUUAA